ACUCACUGCCCACACAGCGCCAGCGAAGGGGCGGCUGCAGCCGGUGCGGCGUAGGCUGCGAGCUUCUCCUCUCCUCGGCGUGCCCGCGCCCCCCGGAAGCCGGCUUGCCGCGCGAGCGCUGUCAGAGCGAGCCACGCGAGGCCGCUUCUCGCCGUCCGCUGAGCGCACUGAGCCGCCGGGCCUGCGUGUGGUGGCGACUCCCGGGACGGGACCGGGCAGCGGAGGGCCAUGGCCGAGGCGACCGCCGCUCCGACUUCUGAAUGGGACUCGGAAUGCCUUACAUCCCUGCAGCCCCUUCCUCUUCCUACACCUCCAGCAGCAAAUGAGGCACAUCUGCAGACUGCAGCCAUUUCCCUGUGGACAGUGGUGGCCGCUGUACAGGCCAUAGAGAGGAAGGUGGAGGUCCACAGCCGGCGACUCCUCCACCUAGAAGGCAGGACAGGCACAGCAGAGAAGAAACUAGCAGGCUGUGAAAAGACAGUGACAGAGCUUGGGAACCAGCUGGAUGGCAAGUGGGCAGUGCUGGGGACCUUGCUGCAGGAGUACGGGCUGCUUCAGCGGCGGUUGGAGAACCUGGAAAACUUGUUGAGAAACAGGAACUUCUGGAUCCUGCGGCUGCCCCCAGGUAUUAAAGGAGAUGUCCCCAAGGUGCCUGUGGCAUUUGAUGAUGUCUCCAUCUACUUUUCCACUCCAGAGUGGGAAAAAUUAGAAGAAUGGCAAAAGGAACUUUACAAGAAUAUCAUGAAGGGCAACUACGAGUCUCUCAUCUCCAUGGAUUAUGCCAUGAAUCAACCUGAUGUUUUAUCUCAGAUUCAACCAGAAGGAGAACACAGUACAGAUGACCAACCAAGGCCAGAAGCAAGUGAGAUUCCUGCAGACCCCAGUGAAGAGCCUGCCCUUUCAACCUCAGAUAUUCUGUCUUGGAUUAAACAAGAGGAAGAGCCUCAGGUUGGAGUCCCCCAGGAGUCUAAAGAGAGUGAGCUGUACAAAGGUACCUAUGCUGAUGAAGAACUUGUCAUCAAAGCCGAGGACCUUGCUAGAGCUUCCUUGUGUCCUGAAGUUCCAAUAGCUUUCUCUGCUCCACCACCAGCAGCAGCCAAGGAUGCAUUUUCAGAUAUAGCUUUCAAAAGCCAGCAGUGUACACCCAUGGCACCUUUUGGACGAACGGCCACUGACCUGCCUGAAGCUUCAGAGGGGCAAGUGACUUUUACUCAGCUAGGAAGCUACCCACUCCCACCUCCAGUUGGAGAGCAGGUGUUCUCAUGCCACCACUGUGGCAAGAGUCUCAGUCAAGACAUGUUAAUGACACAUCAGUGUAGCCAUGCUGCUGAACACCCCUUAACCUGUGCCCAGUGUCCUAAGCACUUCACCCCACAAGCAGAUAUUGGUAGCACCUCCCAGGAUCAUGCCAAUGAGACACCACCCACCUGCCCUCACUGCUCCCGGACAUUCACUCACCCCUCACGACUCACAUAUCACCUUCGGGUCCACAACAGCACUGAGCGCCCUUUCCUCUGUCCUGAUUGUCCCAAGCGCUUUGCUGACCAGGCUCGACUCACCAGCCAUCGGCGAGCUCAUGCUACUGAGAGGCCCUUCCGUUGCCCGCAAUGUGGUCGUAGCUUCAGCCUUAAGAUCAGUCUCCUGCUUCAUCAGAGGGGACAUGCACAGGAGCGCCCCUUCUCCUGCCCUCAGUGUGGCAUUGACUUCAAUGGCCACUCUGCGUUGAUUCGUCACCAGAUGAUCCACACAGGCGAGCGUCCCUACCCAUGUACAGACUGUAGCAAGAGCUUCAUGCGUAAGGAACACUUGCUAAACCACCGGAGGCUGCACACAGGUGAGCGGCCUUUCCAGUGUCCACACUGUGGCAAGAGCUUCAUCCGCAAGCAUCACCUCAUGAAGCACCAGCGCAUUCACACAGGCGAGCGGCCAUACCCCUGUGCAGUGUGCGGAAGGAGCUUCCGCUAUAAGCAGACGCUCAAGGACCACCUACGGACCGGUCACAAUGGAGGCUGUGCGGGUGAUAGGGACCCUUCCAUACAGCCACCAGACCCACCUGGUCCACUCUUAACUGCCCUGGAAACCUCUGGCCUAGGUGUUAGCACUGAAGGUCUAGAAUCUAGUCAGUGGUAUGGGGAAGGGAGUGGAGGGGUGGUUUUGUAGAUCUGAGGUCUGUUGGUUAUUUAUGUUCACAGCAGAGCAGAAAGUCCAGGAGAAAGCCCACAAGUUCUGAAACCUAUAGUAGUUAAAUCUAUUACAUAAAGGAAUUUGAGAUCUAUACUCAACUAGACAUGCUUGUGCUUUGGAAAUCCACAUCAGUACAAGAAUACCAUAUUUUGAAAACUAGAAGAGAAUCCAGCUCCCCUGUCUUAUCAGAUACCACAAAAGCAGAGUUACAAAGCAAGAUACGGCUUCUGAUCAUCCUGUCAGAGUAGCAGAGUGAGAGCAGACUGCCUCUAGGUAGAGACAAGUGCAUGGGAAGAGCCCCAAACCUUGAAGGCAUCAGGAGGCAUGAGAGCUCAGAGCCUUUCCCUAAUUGCUCAGUGGAUUGCUGGAAGAAGGUGCUUUAGCCACUUGUUAUGUUGCCGUGUGUCUGAAGCCAGCUAAGUUCUGUUCAUACCAGUGUAGUCAACUUUCCCUGAAACAUGAUGGCUGAGGCGGCAUUCCUAAGCCUAAAUUCUGUCUGCUAAUACAUUUUGUUUAAUGUUGGUGAACAAGAACUCUGACUUUGAUAGCUUAUUUAAGGGGACUGUUCUUAGCUUUUACUAGCUUAAUUUGAAAUAUUCAGACUCUUGUAGCAGCUGUUAAGAGAGUAGAGAACUUCACCACAGUCCUGGUUAGGAAAUCAGGAAGAGAGUUUUCUCUCCAGAUUAGGAGCUAAGUAUCCCAGAGAUCUCAGGCACAACAGUGAUCCCAUGGCCUAAAAUAUUGUAUCAACUCACCCCUUAUCUUUUCCAAGCCAGUGAUCUUGUUUUUCCAUUUCUGGCAUUUGAUUCUCUUUUUCUCUCUUUUGAGACUGGGUCUCACUGUGUAUCCUGGCCUGGAACUUUGCUUUGUAGACCAGGCUGGUCUUGAACUUACAGAAAUCUGCCUGCCUCUGCCUCAUGUUCUGGGUGCACCACAAUUCCCAACCUGAUUUUCUUUAUAGUCCUCAGCAGCAGAGAUCACAGCACUUUGUCAAGGCAUCUAGCACUUCAGAAAGUACCCCUGAGCUCAGGGCUUUUGUUCCAUUGGUAGUGUAAUGUUCUUAAGGAAAGGAUUUCUACCUUGUCUGUCCUUCGUCACUGGCAGUGAACAGACAAGAGACCUCUUUCAGCCACUAAGAACCAAGUAUCUCAUCUAUCUUACCUGUUGUGCUAUUUUUUUCAGACAGGGUUUCACUAUGGGGUCCUGGCUGGCCUGGAACUCAGAGAUCUGCCUGUCUUUGCAUCUAGAGUGCUAGGAUUAAAAGCAUGCUGUCAUGCUCAACCACCUGUUGUAUUUUGAAGGGUUAUGGCUACCUUAUGUUCUUUUCUUGGGCUUGCUUAGUUAUCUGAGGGCAUCUGAACCUAGUUCUAUCCCUAAGUGUCUAUGCAGCCAGGUGUGUGUCUUCUCUUUUCAACUCUCACAUUUUUAUCACCAAAAUGAGGUUGUUGAAAGAAAAGGUAAGCUUCUAGAAAUCUUAAAAAGAAAGAAAAAUCUUAUGAUACAGUUCUCUGCCAAAAUCCUGUCCUUCCUUUGGUUUCUGACCAGUCAAAUCCACAUGAGACAGGAAAACCAAAGCAGAAAUUUAUGUAGAAACUUGGUGGAAAUUAGCUUGCCUUGUUGUUCUGCUCUUAGUGGGUCCAGAAGUAGACAGAGAAUGUAGAAGUCUACAUUCGGGACAGAAAGCUUUUGUUACCACACCCUCUUUUACCUCAUAGUCUUCUGUGAUGUCUAGGAUGAGAUCUGGAAGUGCUUAGAUGUGACACUUUCUGGAUAGGGAGGGGAUGCUUCCCCUUAUUACUAGCCCAGCCUUCAGUCUGCAUAGCUAAUGUAACCACAGUAUGAAAUGGUGUUUGCCUAAUGUGCUCCUGGCAAAGUUCUGUCUGAAGGUGUUGGUCUUCAGGAUAGUCACACAUAGAAAACUCUGUUUUGUGACGUUAAUAACACCAAGGAUCCUGGGAGACAUAAGAAGUCAAUAUGAGACCUGGUCUGCUGUCAUAACUCUCAGCCUGUAGGCAAGGAAAGUCCCAUGGAUGGUACCAGAUAAUGGUAGAACCAUACUAUAUUGGGAUAAAGAGCCAAAUCCCCCAAAUCAGGUUUCCAAGUUCAUUAAUGACCCUUGGGACUUGAAUGUGAGAUCUGCAUCUGAAAAAGAGUCAAAGCGUCUUCCCCAGGGUAAGGGAAGCAUUUGCAAGAGCUGAGGAAGAGAUGCCUACUGAACCUGUGAUGUCGAGCUAGAUAACCUCCAACACUCAUCUGAACCCAACAGAUUUACCAAAUAUACACAGUUAAUAAUUGGAGGCCUGUGGGCCAGAGUGCUGCAGAUGCAUCCUAAUGUCUGAUCUGUAAGGAACCAUAGCUAGCAGGGAUCGAAACUGGCCAAAAGUGAAUUAUAGUUCAAAUAACAACUGAACAAGAGCCAUAAAACCAGCUGGUUGAUGGUGCUCCACACCUUUAAUGCCAGCACUCACAGGAUGCAGAAGCAGGAAGAUCUCUGAGUUCAAGCCCAGCCUGGUGUGUAGAGGGAGUUCCAGAACAGCCAGGGCUACACAGAGAAACCUGCCUUGAAAAGCAAAACAAAAGCCAUAAAACCAAAUAAAAGGUAAUGUGCAAGGCCAUCCCAAAAACAAACAACAUAAACGUGGGAUCCUAAUUUCUAGUCUGGCUGAAAGCGGGGACUUCAGCUACUGUAUAUUCACUUUUUUCCAUUAGCCAAUCUCCUGUCAAGUAGAACCCAUUUGUUGUCAAAGAUUCAGAAGUGGCUCAUUGGAAACUCUACCAUCUAACAAAAGUUCUCAGCAAAUAGAAUCUCUUUGCCACCUGGUGCCUUGAGAGAAACUAUACAUUUAAUCCUAUAAUUAAAGAGGCACCAGGGCCUGUCCUGUAGAGAAGAAGAAACCCCAGAAGAGUCCUGUUCAUCUGUCUGCCCCCUAUAUGGUGACACAAAGGCUUCCUCAGAGUGUAUUCAGGACUUGGCACCAACCAGAUUUACUGCUUGCUAGAUUUAUUUUUUUAAUUGUGGACAUUGGAUGAACUUCAGGUUCAGCCACAGAUAUGAAAAUAAAUGUAAGUUGGUUAAUUGUUUAGAAAG